CGCCUCUUUUUGCUGGUCUGUCAUCCACACUGCUGUUGUUGCAGCCAUUUUACUGUGGAGCGUCGACCCAGCUGCUACCGGAAGAUGCCGAGACAGCGCCGUUGAAAGAUCUAAAAACAUGGCUGACGCACCUCAAGGUCCCAUGGUCAGUCGGCCGUUGGCGUUCGCCAACGAGGAGCGGAGGGCUGUACACUCCUGGUCUCGGAUUUCAUCAGCGGGGCAUAAUGUCCUCGUGGAUGCUCUGAAGAUCCUGAGCCCGAUGUCCAGAGACCUUUCCAGCACAGAGGAGCUUGUGACCUUCCUGCAGGAGCUGAGCGAGGAGGGCCACAAGCCCCGUGUGCUGCGCAGCAAGGAUGUUUAUCGCUACCAAUCUUGCACGAGUCAGCCCUUGACCCAAGACAUGCUGAAGCUGGCCAACAAGAACGUCAGACCCACCACCAAGAAGAGGAAGAGAAAGCCCCAGGUCAAGAAGAGGGAGGUGCAUCCGUCCUGGAACAUGUCAGAUAAGAGUAAGCCCAGGAUUCGAGGAAUCCGGCCUCCGGAGGUGUUGGUUGAUCAUCGCGCUUUCGUAUACAGCCGGACACCCAGUCGAACUGUAGAGCUGUCGCAGGUGGACCUGCAGCCAUGCCUCAGACUGACCAACAUUGAAGGUCUGUCUGGCUUCCACACAGCAAGACUUCAAAUCCAGACUGUGUGGGACUCUGAGACGAGCUCGGUUAUCUUUCCACUGCAGCCGCACCCCCCAACACUUUCAGGAAUACCUUCUCAGAACGGUGACGGGGUGUCCACCAAAGCUGUGGCCUUGUUCAGCCAGAAGAACCUGUCCUGUCCGAUUCGGUCGGAUGGCGCCCUAAUCGGGGAUUCUGCUCCAGUCUUUUAUGCCAAUGGUCGGGCGUUCCCACAGGCCCACACGAACCUGACCAGCAACGGCUGGAGGGCCAAUGGCCUCCACCGAGAAGUUAGGGGAUCAAAGGAACUGAGAGACAACUGGAAAGACAAAAGUUUCAGGCAAAAAGUGAUAAAAGUGGACGACUCUCGCCCUGUGGCCGAGGCCUGCAGGAAAGCUCAGAAGAUCCUACAGGUCAACCUUUCCCCGGUGAUACAGAUCCAACCUCUCAACCACGUGCUGAGAGACUUCAGAUUCCAGCAGAAGUGAUCCUCCCCCACAAACCCAAAACACACCUCCUUUAGCAGGUGUUAGUGUUUUCUAUUUGUUAGCCUCCACACAGCUGUGUCCAUGUUCAGAGCAGACGUUUCACGUGAGUUUCUUUUGUUGCUGCUGGAGAUCAGAGAUGAUUCUGUGGGUGUUCUGGAUCCCGACAAAAGAAUCCCGGUCUGAAAGGCUUUACAGUUGAUGUUUUUCCUAACGGGCUGGGAAAUGUCUGUCCGUCUGGCAGCUGCGGGAACGUUCUCACUGUCAACACAUUAUUUACGCCACACCAAACUUCAUAACAACAAUCUGAGUCGAUCAGCUGCUCGUUUGGGGAGGAUGUUCACUGAUGGGGCAGGAUAUUCUGCCUCAAAGUAUCAACUGUGGGUUGCUGUUAAAAUACUUAAAUUUAAAUAAACUAAAGCAAAAUGUGUUUAAAAAUUAGGUAUUUUCUUAGCUGUGCUCUAUCUGCCACAAACUAUCGUCAGAAAAAAAAAAAAAAAAAUUAUCGUUGGGAUGAAAGUACCAGACUUCCAUUAAAAUAGGUGAGUUUAACUAAAAGAAAGGAU